UGAGCGCAGAAGAAGGCGAAGCAAGGCGUGAAAAUAUAGGAGUCUCUCUUUCGAACAAAAUGGUAACAAAGCAGAGCAUAAAGCAGACAUAAAUGGAAAAGCUUUAAAAAGAUUAUUAUUCAUUGAGGAUCUCUGGGGAAUGUUUUGAUAUCCUGGUAGAUUUCGAGCUCAACGAGAUUCAAACGGUCUCUCUACCUAUCUAUCUCUGUAGUUUAGACUGAAGUAAUGGAUGGAAAAACGAAAAGGAGAACUGUCAUGGAGAAUGGGGAUACAGGGGAAGACUUAGUCCUUGCAACUUUGAUUGGUAAUGGUGAUGAUGUGGGUCCUCUUGUGAGGCAUGCAUUUGAAAUGGGGAGGCCAGAAGCCCUCCUUCACCAGCUUAAGAAUGUUGUUAAGAAGAAGGAAGUUGAAAUUGAGGAGCUAUGCAAGACCCAUUACGAAGAAUUCAUUCUCGCAGUAGACGAGCUUCGGGGCGUGUUGGUUGAUGCUGAGGAGCUUAAAGGUGAGCUUGCGAGUGACAACUUCAGGUUGCAAGAAGUUGGGAGUGCUCUUCUUAUCAAACUCGAAGAGCUUCUAGAAUCUUACUCGAUCAAAAAGAAUGUGACUGAAGCUAUAAAGAUGUCCAAGAUUUGUGUGCAAGUGUUGGAACUUUGUGCUAAGUGUAACAAUCACAUUUCUGAAGGCCAGUUUUAUCCUGCAUUGAAAAUUGUGGAUCUGAUAGAGAAAAAUUAUCUGCAAAAUAUCCCCCUCAGGGCAGUCAAUAUGGUCAUAGAAAAGAAAAUUCCAAUAAUAAAAUCGCAUAUCGAGAAGAAAGUAACCAGUCAAUUUAAUGAAUGGCUAGUUCAUAUAAGAAGUUCCGCGAAGGGUAUUGGACAAACUGCAAUUGGUCAUGCUGCAUCAGCUCGUCAGAGAGACGAAGAGAUGCUGGAAUGGCAGAGGCAAGCGGAAGAACAGAAUGUUUUGGGGUUGGGGGAUUUUGCGUACACUUUAGACGUUGAAGAAAUUGAUGAUGAUUCUCUUUUGAAGUUUGAUCUUACUCCUCUUUAUCGAGCGUACCACAUCCAUGCUUGCCUUGGACUCCAAGAGCAGUUCCGUGAAUAUUACUAUAAAAACCGGCUAUUGCAGCUCAAAUCAGAUUUACAGAUCGCUUCAGGACAACCGUUUGUUGAAUCUUAUCAGACGUUUUUGGCUCAAAUUGCAGGCUACUUCAUAGUUGAGGAUCGGGUCCUUAGAACUGCUGGGGGGCUAUUGUCAGCUGAUCAGCUCGAGACAAUGUGGGAAACGGCUGUCGCUAAAAUGACAUCAGUGUUGGAGGGACAGUUCUCUCAUAUGGAUUCUGCCACCCAUCUUCUCCUGGUUAAGGAUUAUGUGACUCUUCUUGGGGCAACUCUUAGACAAUAUGGGUAUGAAGUGGGGCCAGUUCUUGAGGCCCUUGACAAUAGCCGAGACAAAUACCAUGAGCUUCUUUUGGAAGAAUGUCGACUGCAAAUUCUUAAUAUCAUUGCACAAGACACCUAUGAGCAGAUGGUAAUGAAAAAGGACACUGAUUAUGAGAGUAAUGUUCUGUUAUUUUAUCUCCAGUCCUCUGAUAUAAUGCCGGCCUUCCCAUACAUUGCUCCAUUUUCCUCUAUGGUUCCUGAUGCCUGCCGCGUUGUUAGAUCCUUCAUCAAAGGGUCUGUUGAUUACUUGUCUUAUGGGGUGCGUGCCAAUUUUUACGACGUUGUGAGAAAGUAUUUGGACAAGCUCUUAAUUGACGUACUAAAUGAAGCCAUCCUUAAUACAAUUCAUGGUGGUACAAUUGGUGUUUCUCAAGCUAUGCAGAUUGCUGCUAAUAUAUCAGUUCUUGAAAGAGCAUGUGAUUUUUUUCUUCGGCAUGCAGCACAACUUUGUGGAAUCCCAGUCCGAUCAGUUGAGAGGCCUCAAGCUAGUUUAGCAGCCAAGGUGGUCUUAAAAACUUCAAGGGAUGCCGCUUAUAUGUCUCUGUUGAAUUUGGUGAACAACAAGUUAGAUGAGUUUAUGGCACUCACAGAAAAUAUCAAUUGGAUAUCUGAGGAGAUGUCUCAACACGCAAAUGAGUAUAUAAAUGAGGUGGUUAUUUACCUUGACACCAUAUUAUCAACUGCACAGCAAAUUCUGCCCUUGGAUGCUUUAUACAAGGUUGGGAGUGGGGCUCUGGAGCAUAUCUCCAAUUCUAUUGUGGAAGCUUUUCUUAGUGAUAGUGUUAAGAGGUUCAAUGCUAAUGCGGUCAUGACUAUCAACAGUGAUUUGAAGACAUUGGAAACAUUUGCUGAUGAUAGGUUUCUCAGCACUGGCUUAAGUGAGAUUUACAAGGAAGGCAGUUUUAGAAGCUGCUUGAUAGAGGCACGACAGUUGAUAAACCUUUUGUCUAGCAGCCAGCCAGAAAACUUCAUGAAUCCUGUAAUAAGAGGGAAGAACUAUAAUGCCUUGGAUCAUAAGAAGGUGGCUAGCAUCUGCGAGAAAUUCAAGGAUUCUCCUGAUAGUAUCUUCGGGAGCCUUUCAAGCAGAAAUACGAAGCAAAAUGCUCGGAAGAAAUCGAUGGAUAUGCUAAAGAAAAGACUGAAGGAUGCUAACUGAGAAGGUUUUUAGCAUUAGGUGUUCCAUAGUAGUAGUUGCACCUUCUUAAUAUAAGACUGAAGACUUCAACUGCAAAGGGGUUAAAGAUUGACUGCCAUAUUAGUGUAGUAGCAAUUUCUUUUAUAUACUCUUAUUUUUCGUUCUUUUCAAUGUCUAGCAUGAAUUUUAUUCAUUAUUUUUGUUACUGAUUGAAUUCUUAUGAUAAAAUUUUCCAUUCAUGCCUUUUCAAUGCAAUUGAUAUUUAUCUUCUUAUUAAUUGAAUCUCUCACUUCCACAGUGCAUGUUCGAUUGUUGAUUUUGAAAAAAGAUAGUCCAGUGCUAUCGCCUAGAACCACUUGAUUCUCAUGAUUUCUCCAUGUAAACAUGAUUCUACUAUGUUCCAUGGAUUUCAUUCACUUUUCCUACCUUUCAAACUACGGUCCUGUGGACCUGUGGUUACUGUACCAGUGGAAAAGGGCGCAUUGCUUCUUCUUGGAAUUUAUGUUUUCAUAUUACUCUAGAAGCAUGCUGUUAGAUUCAUUCUGCUUCUUCAAGUUUCUUGCAACUAAAUCCUCUUGAAGCUCGUUAGUUUUUGUCGAUUGAUUUGUUUAACUGAUUCAUUUGGCCGCAAAUAUCUGCUUUGGUUUUAGAAAUAUGUACUUGGACGUGUAGGAACUUGCAGUUAAGGGGCUGUCCCAUGUUGGGUGCAAUUUUUAUGCCAUCUGCUGUGGUUAUCCCUCGCAUUGGGAUUCCAUAGAAUUCGCCUUUCUGUGCAUUUCUUCAUUGGCAUGCUUGUAGUGUUCAGGUUUAGGUACAGACAUACAGUGAGGGACCUUUAUGCUCAUUCUAUGUGCUUGGAUAUGAGUUUGGAAGCCUAAUUCACUUGUUUGUGAUGAAAUAACUUGUGGAAGACUUUUAACCAUAGCCAACGUGGUAAGG